UGCGACAGUUUUCCAAGUGCCAACAUCAUCCCUGGACCGACUGCGCCUGCGCACGACGAUCCCAUUCUUGUCCUGCAGGCAGAAUUCCGGGUGGAGAGUGUGAGAGAAAGAGAAAGACAGGAGAUUUGAGGCCGUGGACUGGAUAUUUACAACAAGAAAUAAGCGCUGUAGGUCCACUCCAGGUGCGGCGUUUGAGCAGGAUAUGGGUUCUCCAGGGCAGAUCCCGGGACAAGACAUGGAGCUCUAAGCUAGCCCUCUUCCAUUCGCUGCCUUGCACGCUGCUCGCCAAAACCAUCUCUUCUACUGCCGCUGUAGCGGUUUGGCUCAGACUACUCUAAGAGAAGAAGAGGGGGGAAAAAACUAAGUGGGAGGGAGUGGUGAACUCUCCCCAGCUGCUGUCCAGACACACACAUGCUGCAUUUCUGCCAUUCCCCAAGCUCUGCUCCAUCCAUUCCGAGGGCACGGCCACUAGCUUGCUAGCGAGCUAGCACUUCAAACAAAGACACGGCCUGUCCUCUGGGAUAAAAAUACAACCAGACUGUGUACACUUUCCUUGUUUUUUUUCCUCUUCCCUUUUCCGGGUCACUCAGCCACACACUCAUUAAUCGGGGCUCCUUUUGUUUAGCUGUCACUCCCGCUGCUUUGAGCAGUGGUGGAUUGCUAGUAGCCAGUCAUUCAGCUGGGCAGACUGAGGAAGCCAGAGGGGUUGGUUAUCAGAGGCCAGGAUGAUGGAGCCCAGCAUGGAGAACUGCCUGGCCCAGGUCCUGCAGAAGGAUGUGGGCCGACGGCUGCAGGUGGGGCAAGAGAUCAUUGAUUACAUUUUGGACAAGGAGAAGUCCCAUGACCUGGAGCAGGAUCAGACGGCACUGGACAAGAUGGUCGACGGCAUCGCCAGCUCCUGGGUCAACUCCAGCAACUUCAAGGUGGCGCUGUUGGGCUUGGACCUCCUCUCUGCCUUGGUGACGAGGUUACAGGAGCGAUUUAGGCCCCAUGUGGGAACAGUUCUGCCCAGCCUUAUUGAUCGAUUGGGAGAUGCAAAAGACCAAGUUCGAGACCAAGACCAAAUUCUGCUGCUAAAGAUCAUGGAACAAGCUGCCACCCCACAGUAUGUGUGGGACAGAAUGCUGGGAGGCUUCAAACAUAAGAACAACAGGACCAGAGAAGGAGUGUGCCUUUGUCUCAUCGCCACGCUGAACACAUACGGAGCCCAAGGCCUGACCCUCAGUAAGAUUGUUCCCCACAUAUGUAACCUCCUGGGGGACCCCACAAGUCAGGUUCGUGAUGGGGCUAUGAGCUGCUUGGUGGAGAUCUACAGACAUGUGGGUGAGAGGGUGAGGAUGGAUCUCAGCAAAAAGGGCCUUCCUCAGUCACGGUUGAAUGUAAUCUUCAGCAAAUUUGACGAGGUCCAAAGAUCCGGAAACAUGAUCUCAUCCUCUGGCUCUGAUAAGAACUUUGAGGAUGAAGACUCUGUGGAUGGAGGCCGGUCCUCCUCCUCGUCAUCAUCCAAAGCACCCCCCAGUGGCAGGAGGACUGUAGUGAGCUCUGUUAGAAGACCCAGCUCAGCCACCACAGCUAAGACCACAGGUAAGGAAGCAGGUGCUGGUGCCGUCGAUGAGGAGGAUUUCAUUAAAGCCUUUGAAGAUGUGCCCUCAGUCCAGAUCUACUCUAACAGAGAGCUCGAGGACCAGCUGACCAAGAUCAGAGAAGUGCUGUCCGAUGACAAACAUGACUGGGAGCACCGAGUGGUGGCGCUGAAGAAGGUCCGUUCUCUCAUGCUGGCCGGUGCAACUGAGUAUGAGAGUUUCCCUCAGCAGCUGCGUCUCCUGGAGACUCCCUUCAAACUGUCGGCUAAAGACCUGCGCUCACAGGUGGUGCGUGAGGCCUGCAUCACACUGGGAUAUUUGUCUUCAGUGCUGGGAAACAAGUUUGACCACGGAGCGGAGAGCGUCAUGCCCAUACUGCUGAACCUCGUGCCCAACAGUGCCAAAGUCAUGGCCACGUCCGGCAUCGCCGCCAUCCGCCUCAUCCUCAGGCACACACACUACCCGCGUCUCAUCCCCAUCAUCUCCAGUAACUGCACCUCCAAAUCAGUAGCAGUCAGGCGACGUUGUUAUGAGUUUCUGGACCUCAUGUUACAAGAGUGGCACACCAAUACACUGGAAAGACACGUGGCUGUUCUGACCGAGACCAUCAAGAAAGGAAUACACGACGCUGACUCUGAGGCCAGAUCCAUCGCAAGAAAGUGCUAUUGGGGUUUCCAUGGUCACUACAGCCGGGAGGCAGAGCAUCUGUUCCAGGCACUGGAGUCCACCUAUCAGAAGGCCCUCCAGUCCCAUCUGAGGAGCUCUGACAGCAUCGUGUCUCUACCGCAGUCUGACCGAUCCUCGUCGUCUUCCCAGGAGAGUCUUAACCGGCCUUUGUCUGUGAAGAGCGUCAUUGGAGGGAGCAUAACAAGGAGUAAGCUGGUGAGCACCAGGGGGCACACUACGCCGGGUUCUCUGCAGCGUUCCCGCAGUGACAUCGAUGUAAACGCCGCCUCCAAUGCCAAGUCGCGCCUGUCCACCGUUCCUGCCUCCUCGCCGUUCAGCUCUGCGGCUGCUCUUCCUCCGGGUUCCUACGCCUCAUUAGAUGGCGCUCCUGGUAAAAGCGAUGGUCGUGUUCGCACCAGGAGGCAGAGCUCGGGCAGCGUGGGCGGGGCCAGUACCUCAGUGGUGGACAGUAGGGGCCGCAGUCGAGCCAAAGUUGUCUCCCAGUCCCAGCCCGGCAGUCGCUCCAGCUCCCCAGGCAAGCUGCUCGGCCACAGCAGCUACGGCCGGAUCCCUCGAGCGACGGCGUCAGCCUCCACCACGCCAGCAGACAAGCGCAGCAGGAUCCCUCGCAGUCAGGGCUGCAGCCGCGAGACCAGCCCCAGCCGACUGGGACUCGCCAGCCUGUGUGGUAAAGCUCUUCUUCCUGCUGCUCUUCCCUACCGCACGCUAGCCCGGAGCCGCAUUCCCCGUCCCAGCAUGAGUCAGGGCUGCAGUCGCGACACGAGUCGCGAGAGCAGCCGCGACACCAGCCCCGCUCGGGGCUUCGCUCCUCUGGCCUCCCGACGUCACUCCCGUUCAACCAGCGCUCUCUCCACAGCCGACCCCCACAGCCAGUCAGACCGAUAUGGUUUGAUUCACCAGGCAAGAAUCUCUGCGUCAGUCAAUGCCAUGAGGGUCCUUAACACGGGCACGGAGGUGGAGGCGGCGGUUGCUGAUGCUCUGCUAUUAGGAGACUCCAGGAAUAAGAGGAAGCCGUUGAGGCGGAGGUACGAAUCUCCGGGGAUGUACUCUGACGACGACGCCAACAGCGACGCGUCCAGCGCCUGCUCAGAGCGCUCGUAUGGCUCGAGGAACGGAGGCAUCCCUCACUACCUGCGCCAGACGGAGGACGUGGCGGAGAUCCUGAACCACUGCGCCAGCUCCAACUGGUCAGAGAGGAAGGAGGGCCUGCUGGGCCUGCAGAAUCUCCUCAAGAGUCAAAGAAUACUGAGCCGAGUGGAACUGAAGAGGCUUUGUGAGAUCUUCACAAGGAUGUUUGCAGAUCCACACAGCAAGAGAGUGUUCAGCAUGUUCCUGGAGACUCUCGUGGAUUUCAUCACGGUACACAGGGAGGACCUGCAGGACUGGCUUUUUGUCCUGCUCACUCAGCUGCUGAAGAAGAUGGGCGCAGAUCUGCUGGGCUCGGUCCAGGCCAAAGUCCAGAAGGCCUUGGAUAUCACAAGGGAGUCCUUCCCCUUUGACCAGCAGUUCAACAUUCUGAUGAGGUUUAUCGUCGAUCAGACUCAGACACCUAAUCUCAAGGUCAAGGUGGCCAUUUUGAAGUACAUCGAGUCCCUGGCUCGGCAAAUGGACCCGACAGACUUUGUCAACUCCAGCGAGACGCGCUUGGCUGUGUCUCGCAUCAUCACCUGGACCACUGAACCCAAAAGUUCUGAUGUCAGGAAGACCCUUCAUAACUGGGUGAGCGAGGAGCUAGCUGGCAGGUCCAGCACUGCAGCCUUACUGUCGGCUGAGGGCAACCAGGAAGAAAGGUGUAAGCAGGCUGCCCAGGUGGUGCUGAUUGCUUUGUUUGAGCUCAACACCCCAGAGUUCACCAUGCUGCUGGGAGCUCUGCCCAAAACCUUCCAGGACGGAGCCACAAAACUGCUGCACAACCACCUGAAGAACUCCAGCAACACCAGCAGCGGUGUGGGUUCUCCGAGCAACACCAUUGGUCGGACGCCACAACGCCACACCCCCAGCAGAACCAGCCCGCUCACCUCUCCGACAAACUGUUCGCAUGGAGGACUUUCUCCAAGCAUGAUGGAGUAUGACACUGAGAACAUGAACUCGGAGGAGUUCUACAGCUCGUUUCGUGGGGUCACCGAGGCCAUCCAGAGCUUCAGCUACCGGAGCCAGGAGGACCUGAACGAGCCAAUCAGACAGGAGGGCAAGAGGGACGACGCAGCAGGAAGAGAAGGCGUAGCGUCGUCUCCCGGCUCUGACGCCCGCCUGGGCUUGGACAUGGUGGAAGGAGGUCGCACCGCCUUGGACAACAAGACGUCAUUACUCAACACGCCAUCGCCUCGCUCGUUCUCUGGUCCGCGGAGCCGUGAGUUCGCUCCUUAUGGUUACGGCGAAACCAUCUGCACGUAUGACAAGAGCGCCCUGAAGGAGGCCGUCUUUGACGACGACGUGGAGCAGUUCCGUGAUUGCCGACGUCAGGAAAGCGCUGAAAACAAGAUGACGCUCCCCAAGGUCUUUGCUCCUGUCGGUCAGGACCACUCAGACCUGGUAGCCGACCUGCUUAAGGAGCUGUCCAAUCACAACGAGCGUUCUGAGGAGCGUAAGGGUGCCCUGGUGGAGCUGCUGAAGAUCACGCGAGAAGACAGCCUGGCUGUGUGGGAUGAGCACUUUAAAACCAUCCUCCUCCUUCUGCUGGAGACCCUGGGUGAUAAAGAUCACACCAUCCGAGCCCUGGCCCUGCGUGUGCUGAAAGAAAUUCUGAGGAACCAACCGGCCCGCUUCAAAAACUAUGCUGAGCUGACCAUCAUGAAGACGCUGGAGGCUCACAAAGACUCUCACAAGGAGGUGGUGCGUGCAGCCGAGGAGGCGGCGUCCACGCUCGCCGGCUCCAUCCACCCCGAGCAGUGCAUCAAGGUGCUGUGCCCUAUUGUGCAAACAGCUGACUACCCAAUCAACCUGGCUGCCAUCAAGAUGCAAACCAAAGUCAUUGAACGCAUCGCCAAGGAGUCCCUGCUGCAGCUGCUGCCUGACAUCAUCCCUGGACUCCUGCAGGGCUAUGACAACACAGAGAGCAGCGUUCGCAAGGCCAGCGUGUUCUGUCUGGUGGCUAUCUACUCUGUGAUUGGCGAGGAUCUCAAACCCCACCUGGCACAGCUCACGGGCAGCAAGAUGAAGCUACUGAACCUGUACAUCAAGCGGGCCCAGACGACCAACAGCAACAGCAGCAGCUCCUCGGACGUCUCGUCUCACAGUUAACAGAGGGACGUGUCCUUUGGAAACCCUGUGGACGGGCGGCGGUGGAGGAUUUCCGAUUUCUGACUUGUCUGUCACUUAGCUUCCCCUCCUUCUCAGCACAACUCGAGCUCCACUGCGCUUUCCUCCCACUUCGAGGAGCUCCUCUCAGCAGCCUGUUCGUCGUCUCUUUCCUCCUCCUCCUCUUCCUCCUCCUCCUCCUCCUCCUCCUCCUCCUCCUCCUCCUCCUCCUCGCUCGCUGUUGCUCCAGAAACUUUUGAAUGUAACUGUGGAUUGGUUUUAGACCUCUGGGGAGGGAAUCAGCACAUUUGGAGCUUUUGGCUAUAAGAAAUGCACUUUCUCUUCCACGUCGGUUCCCACAGCCUCCUUUUUGUCAAAGGAAGCCUGUUUCUCGCUCAGCCCUCAGAUCUGAUAGAACAGUUCAGGAUGAAAAACUGAAGAGAACUUCCUGUCAAAUCGACUACAGCUUUGGCAUGACAUGUCAUUCGGCGGGCCCAGUGAUGGCAAUGAGCCCGUAGGUCUUGGGAUGAAUUCUGGUUCGGGGAGCAUAAAAACCAAAUAUUGUGAGAAAACAAAGUUUAAGGGAGCAACGUGACAGAAAAUAGAAAAUACUGAAUGAGUAUUUUAGUUUGACGUUUAUUGAACGCGAUCAUAACUCAGAAGUCUGUGCAUCAGUUUUAGUCUUUUCUUCUUACUGAGAGUGGCUUAACCCCUUUCACAGAAAACGUUACGCUCUCCGAGGUAACAAGUCGCCAAAACGUAAUUUUCAGCUUCAGAAUUGACAAUCCUUCAAAUUUUGUGCAGCCGUGAAGGCACCGAAGAUGAAAUCUCUGUUAAACUGCACAGUUAAAGCUGUCUGAAUUUGUCCUAAAAUUCACCAUCAAAAUGAGCCUGUGAAAUGUUGUGUUGUAUUUUCACACGUUUGAGUUUGUUCUCCUCUUUGUGGCAUCUUAACCUGUAAAACUCUGAGGCUGCUGCUCAGUCCACUGACUCUGUUUGAAGAGGAAGUCCUUUGUAAAUACUGCACGUUCCCUGCCCCACUUUGGAGUCGGGAGGGAGCUCCAGCGACGCCAGACAGUCGAAAAGACAUUACCAGGCCUUAUUCACUUCACACACACACACACACACACACACACACACACACACACACACUCGGGCGUCCGCUGACUGGGAGUGAAUGGGAUGUACAGCACUGUAACUCUUGGCUCUCAAAAAAUGUGAAUCUGCAGGAAAACGGAGCCUGGCGGCGUCUCAACCUGCGAUGAUGCAAAUACAGUAUUAGUCUUACCCCCCCAACAUACCCACAGCUUCUGCAAUAACCGCAAACCCACAGAUACUUUGUACAUACACUUUCUGACUGCUGCUUUGCAGUUUUACACAGUGUCAGUGGGGGAACAAAGGAAAGAAAAGUGAGCGGGUUUGCUAUCUUUUUGCACGUUAGCAAAAUAACUUGCAUGUAACCUGCAGCACACGUCAGCUUUGUGCGGCUCCGAGGGGCCCGAGGUUUUCGGCUGUUAAAAGUGCACUUGUGACAUCAUCUCUGAUUUCCUGUUUCGGUCGAGGAGUUAGUCGCUUUUGCCAUGCUCUUAUGGAUAAGGUACAAAACGCAGCCGCUGCAACCAAAACUACGAGUUUGGUUUACUGGUUCUGGUAGAAGUAUCCAGGAAAUUUCUUUUUCGUGUCAGUGUUAAGUUUGAAUUAUCGAGAAGCUUUAAAAUGCUGGACUCCUCUUUUAGUUGGUGGUUUAGACCCUAGAGACCCCACAGAGAUACGAGUGGAUUUUUCUUAUUGGAAAUGGUCCAAUUCAUCGUGGUACAGUUAAUCUACUGUAGGAAGGGAUUAGUUAUCACAUUUGCUAACUCCUAGCAAAUUAUUAAUAAUAAAAAUAUUCCUGAUUUCACCGGGGAACAACCUGGGGUGCACCAUUUUGGACUGUUUUAUUUGAGUGGGAUCCCACAGAAAAUGGGCCAAUAGUGGUUAUUUAAGUAAAUGAAUGUAUAGACUUUACAUGUGUUAAGAUUAGCUUUUUAAGUAUUGGUACUGAAAAUGAUUUCAGCAACAUUCAACUCUGUAAUAAGCCUGUCUGCACUCGACCUUUUCCUUAUCCUGAUUGGCUUCAGACCAUUAAUCAGCCUGGUUUUGGGUUUUAUCUCCCGGUUUAAGUAAAUCCGCACAUGGAGGUAGUUCACCAGUCAAACUGCAGGUUGCUGUUUCUGGUCCUGGAAGCAAACAAGAUGGUUUUUCUUGCAAACUGUUCACUAUGCAUGUUCUGCAGUUCACAGUCUUUCUUUUGUCUCAGUCGGUUAUGUAAUAUUCAUACCUGUAUUUAUAUAUUUUAUUUUAUUUUCUCUCAUGAUAAACUGUACAGAAGGGUUUUUUGUUAACUUCCACCUGUGAUAGAUUUGCAACAAUGUAAAGAAAUUGUUUGCUCUAGAAAUAAACCAAGUAAGAACUGA